AUGUCGGAUAAGCGGAAAGGGCCACAGCGGCCACAAGCUCCUCUCAAUGGGCAGGCCGCGGCGGCGUCUUCGUCGAUCUUCGACCAGCGCGAGAAACUUCACGAGCGCGGCGAGAAGCUUGGCAACUUGGCCGCGCUGACGGAGCCGAUAGACCCGUCAAAGAACUACUCAGAUUCGCCUGAGGAAUUAUGUUUGAAAGCUGCUGGCAUACUCGGACAGGAGACGUCUUCCGUUUCCAAGUUUUUCAACCAGUUUCGCUCUAAGCCGCCGACGGCGAAGAUUUCCAAGGCGGCAGAAAUGUACGCGGCAGCGGCCACCAAGUACAAAAUCAAGCAAAAGUACGAAGAAGCUGCUAGGACGUACGAAUUGGCCGCAGAGGCGUACCACUCGGCCGAGGACAGAUUUGGACAAGUGCAGAAUCUGUCGCAAGCAAGUCAGAGCUGGAGAAGUGUCCCAAAUGUGCAGGAAUCCGAGCGGCUAGGCUUGCAGGCUAGCGAGCUCUAUUUGGACCUGAACAAACUUGUGCGCGCGGCGAAAGAGUUGACUCCUAUAGCGGACGCGUACAGGAGCAAGUUCAUGCGGGACAAGGACGAAACAGCGGCCGAGAUGGCUGAGAAGCUCUACUCAAAGGCAUUCGAUCUCUUCCGAAAAGACGGAAAAGCACGAAGCAGCGCGUCGAGAGUGUCAAUCGAACGAGCGAAUCUGAUGGUCCUUCCAGGCAAGAAAUACCUCGAAGCGGGCAAAGUCUACGAGUUAGAAGCGAACUAUUGCGCGAACGAGAAGCUGCUCAAGUACUCUGCCAAAAUGGACAAACACGAGGAAUGUACGAGAUUGGAUGCAUGGACUCGCAGUUUAGUCAACGUCAUUCAGGAGAAAUACUUCACCGUGGAGGACGAGAUCAACUUCGACUUGAACGAGUUUCUCGACUUCAACAAAGUACCUGGGCUGGACGAGUCGACGGAGGACCUCGCCGCGCUGCAAGCAGGGCCGGCUGUGGAGCCGGACUUGACAUGA